GAGACAUUUUGUCAGGAUUAUUUUUGAAACGAUAUCAAUAUGAUUGACGUCACAAAAUCAUUAAGCACCUGUUAAAAGGCCGAUUACUAUUUUGAUGACGUCAAUACUGAUUGCUAAGUUGAAGAAUACAUGCACUAAACUUUACGACUGAGCCGGGCGCGGCUUCCUGCGCGUGAUCCAAGCGUGAUAGAGGCACGGGUUUGCUUUCAGGCGGAUAGGUGGUUUCGUGUUGUAUUUUUGGACAGGGAUUAUAGUAAGUUACUAAUUACCGACUAGAAAUGUCGGCCAUCACCACUCUAAAUCCUAAAGCUGAGGUCGCACGGGCUGCACAGGCCCUAGCUAUCAACAUCUCUGCUGCCAAGGGUAUUCAAGAUGUCCUCAAGACGAAUUUGGGACCAAAGGGUACAAUGAAAAUGCUGGUCUCUGGUUCUGGGGACAUCAAAAUCACCAAAGAUGGCAACAUUCUUCUUCAUGAAAUGCAAAUCCAGCACCCGACGGCGUCGCUGAUCGCGCGCGCGUCCACCGCCCAGGAUGACGUCACCGGUGACGGCACCACCUCCACGGUGAUGCUGAUUGGCGAGCUGCUCAAACAGGCCGAUCUCUACAUCUCCGAGGGCCUGCACCCGCGCGUGGUGACGGAGGGUUUCGACCUGGCCAAGCAGCGGACCCUGCAGGUGCUGGAGGAGCUGAAGCUGACGCAGGAGGUGACGCGGGACGUGCUGCUGAACGUGGCACGCUCCAGCCUGAUGACCAAGAUCCACCACGAGCAGGCUCAGCAGUUCACUGAGAUCUGCGUGGACGCGGUGCUGGCGAUCCGCCCUCCGUCUGGCCAGGUGGACCUGCACAUGAUCGAGCUGAUGGAGAUGCAGCACCGCUCGGAGAGCGACAGUCAGCUGGUACGAGGCAUCGUCAUGGACCACGGCGCGCGCCACCCGGACAUGCCGAAACGCACAGAGAACGCCUACAUCCUCACCUGCAACGUCAGCAUGGAGUAUGAGAAAACCGAGGUGAACUCUGGUUUCUUCUACAAGACUGCCGAGGAGCGGGAGAAGCUGGUCAAGGCUGAGCGAGAGUUCAUUGACAACCGCGUGCGCAAGGUCAUCGAGCUGAAGAAGAAGCUGUGUGACGGCACCAACAAGGGCUUCGUCGUUAUCAACCAGAAGGGAAUCGACCCCGUGUCCCUGGACAUGCUGGCGCGCGCCGGAAUUGUCGCUCUGCGCCGCGCCAAGCGCCGCAACAUGGAGCGCCUGGCUCUGGCCUGCGGCGGAAUGGCCAUGAACUGUCUGGACGAUCUGUCGGAGGAGUGUCUCGGAUACGCCGGAGUUGUCUACGAACAUGUGCUGGGCGAGCAGAAGUUCACGUUCGUCGAGGAGUGCAAGAACCCGCAGUCGGUGACCAUUCUGACCAGGGCGCCCAACAAAUACACCCUCGAACAGUUCAAGGACGCCAUCCGUGACGGCCUGCGCGCCAUCAAGAACGCCAUCGAUGACGGCUCGGUGGUGCCAGGCGCCGGCGCGUUCGAGGUGGCUGCGCACGCGGCGCUGAUGAAGUAUCGUCAGGAGGUGCGCGGCAGGGCCCGGCUCGGCGUCCAGGCGUUUGCUGAUGCGCUGCUCAUCAUCCCCAAGACACUGGCGGUCAAUGCUGGAUAUGAUGCUCAGGACACGAUUGUGAAGCUGCAGGAGGAGUACGCGGCGGCCGGCGUGCCGGUCGGUAUCGACAUCGCCAGCGGCGAGGCCCUGGUGCCGGCCGACGCCGGCAUCCUCGACAACUACUGCGUCAAACACCAGAUGAUCAACUCCUGCUCGGUGAUCGCCGGCAACCUCCUAUUGGUGGACGAGAUCAUGCGUGCCGGCCUCUCAUCCCUCAAAGGCUGAGCGCGCUCGUGCCUUACGACUCGGCCCUCCUCCCUCAAGAGGAGACAAUGCACCGUGAUCCGCCGCGUUCUAAUGAUUUCUCUGACUUGUUCACCACUAGGCUUGUGCAACAUUAAUGCUCUUCGUUCAGUGUUUCGUGUAACGUGUGAUCGUCAAUCGCAGAAGCGUCACAAUAAAAUCAGCUAAUG